UUACACUUAAAUUCGUUUCAGGUAAAUUCACUGCUGCUAUUGGUUCUGUUAUUUCAAAAUGUUUAUGGAGUUUUUGAAAGUAACUGUAAAUCAUCAAAAGUUGCAUAUGAUGGAAUCUUGUUUGAGAAACUUGGAUGUUGGUUAGAUAUGGAACCUAGAGCUUUACAAAGGCUUGGAGAUUUUGACACUAACCAUUUGUAUAAUUGUUAUAUAAAUGCAAGAAAAAAUAAUUAUGAAGUCUUUUCACUGCAGAAUGAUAAAGAGUGCUGGGCUGGAAAUGGAUUAUCAUAUCAAAGGUUUGGAGUGUCAAUUAAAUGUAAACUAAAUGGAAGAGGAGGUCCUUGGGCAAAUGAAGUUUACAAAGUAAACGUUGAUAGUCUUGAUUUCAACAAAACAGUAAAGUUUAGAAAUGUUCUAAAAGAAAACUGUUCAAGUUACCAACCAAUCAGCAAUGCAACAGAGCUUAACGGUUGCACUAAUCCUUGCUUUUGGUCAAACAGUGUUUGUAUAAAUCCAGAUGAAUGCUAUAUUUGUAAGUGUGAAACAAUCUGGAGAUUGGGCAAAGAUGUUUUCAGCUGUGUUAAAAUCUGUGGCAAACCUCAACUGAAUUUUACAUACAAUGGAGUAAUGAUUAAAAAACUUGGGUGUUUCCAAGACUAUACUAAUCAUAGUCGAACAUUACCUACUCUUGAAGACACCUCAUCUGUUCUUGAUGGAAACUAUAAACUGCGUGCAGAUGCUUUUGGUAAAUGUUACAGAGUUGCAACACAAAAAGGGUUUAAAUACUUCGCUUUGCAAGAUGGUGGUUAUUGUUCAGCAGAUAAUGAUGAUUCUUACAAAAUGUUUGGAGCAUCAAUGAAAUGUCUACCAGAUGGAAAAGGAGGUCCGUGGGCAAAUGAGGUUUACUCAGAAAACAAUGGUACUCUUGAAGUACAUGAUAUGCUAGAGUUAAGAAGUUUCUUGUAUAUUACUUUUCAAAUAAGCUAUUGGAAUUUUGACGAACCAGCUGUUAAUGUAUCUUGGGAAUACUUUUUUCCACCUUUCAUAAUACUUCAAUCUAAUUAUACAUCAGUAGAUGUUGUUUAUAGUGAUCCAAAAUUAUUUCAAUAUAAGAUAAUGUAUUUAUCAGAAGUUGGAAUUCAUCAGAGUAUUGUCGCUGUUAUUAAUAAUACUAUCUGUUUUAUUUGUGAAUCCUUCAUUGAUAUUCCAAUAAAGUUGUAUUUUGAAAAUACUGCAGGACAUUCUUGGAAAUCAUAUAAAAUAAUAAGGAAAAAUUUAAAGAAAAACUGUACCAGUGAUGAACUACAGAUCCAUUCUCUAGACAAUACUGAUUGUAUUCAAACUUGCAUUUGGAAAAGUAGUAUUUGCAUAGAUGAUGAAGAGUGCUACAUAUGUACAUGUGAGUAUGGAUGGAGAUUAGAUAAAGACAAUUACACCUGUGUUGAUGUUGAUGAAUGUACAGCUUCAAACAAACCCUGCAACUGGACUAACAGUAUUUGCAUAAACACUAAUGGAAGCUACCUUUGUGCAUGUGAGUCUGGAUGGUUAUUGGAUAAAAAUAAUGACAGCUGUGUUGAUAUUGAUGAAUGUGCAGCUUCAUACAAACCCUGUAACUGGACUAACAGUGUUUGUAUUAACACUAAUGGAAGCUACCUUUGUGCAUGUGAAUUUGGAUGGUUACUGGACAAAAAUAAUGACAGCUGUGUUGAUGUUGAUGAAUGCACAGCUCCAAACAUACCCUGCAACUGGGCUAACAGUGUUUGCAUAAAUACUAAUGGAAGCUAUGUUUGUUUAUGUGAGUCUGGAUGGUUAUUAGAAGUAAAUAAUAACAUCUGUGUUGAUGUUGAUGAAUGCACAGCUUUAAACAAAGCAUGUAACUUGACUAACAGUGUUUGCACAAACACAAAUGGAAGCUACUUUUGUGCUUGUGAGUCCGGAUGGUCAUUGGAUAAAAAUAAUGACAGCUGUGUGGAUAUUGAUGAAUGCAUAGCUUCAAACAAACUCUGUGACUGGGGUAACAGUGUUUGCACAAACACUAACGGAAGCUAUCUUUGUGCAUGUGAGUCUGGAUGGUUGUUGGAUAAAAAUAAUGACAGCUGCGUUGAUGUUGAUGAAUGCACAGCUUCAAACAAACCCUGCAACUGGACUAACAGUGUUUGCAUAAACACUAAUGGAAGUUACCUUUGUGCAUGUGACUCGGGAUGGUCAUUGAAUAAAAAUAAUGACAGUUGUGUUGAUGUUAAUGAAUGCGCAGCUUUAAACAAACCUUGUAACUGGACUAACAGUGUUUGCAUAAACACCAAUGGAAGCUACUUUUGUGCAUGUGAGACCGGAUGGUCAUUGGAUAAAAAUAAUGACAGCUGUGUUGCUGAAUGCACAAUUUUAAAUAAUCCUUGCAAAUGGAAAAACGCUGUUUGCAUUAACAACAAUAAUGGUUAUGAAUGUAUAGAAGGAGAAUGGAGCAUAUGGAGUGAAUGUAGUAAAACAUGUGGACUCGGUUAUAAAUAUAGUUACUUAGCAAGAUUGUCAUCUUCUAAACAAAAUGUGAAACGUGUCGAUGUGUGCAUGGAUUUCAAGUGUCCAGUGGAUUGGAAAUGGAGUUCAUGGGUUGAAUACAAAUCAUUUUAUGAUUCAUGUGGUAAUUGCUUUACUAGACGAGAAAGAUUUUGCAUUAAUUCUAUGCCUGAUGCAUCCAAUGGAUAUGGUUGCUUUGGUCUCAGUCAAGAUUUUCAACUUCUUGAAAGUAGAAUAUGUCCGGUUCAUGGUGGGUGGUCUCAUUGGUCUUUGUGGUCAUCUUGCAGUCAACCUUGUCAAUCUGGUAUACAAACAAGACACCAUAGUUGUAAUAGUCCAUUACCAAAAUAUAACGGCCAACAAUGUAAUGGAUACAACAUUGAAAAUAAAACAUGCAAUUCAGAUAAAAAAUGCAAAAAAGUGACAUUAAACCUUAACAUUGUUUUUAAAGAUGAAGACUAUAUAGAAGCGUAUUCUAAUCCAACAAAUGGACUAUCUAAUGUGCUAAAAUACAAAAUAAAAAAUGCAAUACAAAAUCUCUAUAACAAAUUCAAUAAAAAUGUUCAAUUUGACAUGGUAUUGAAUUCUUUGAAAGACGGAGGGGAAAAUUAGUAAAAUUCUUAAAUGAUUAAAUUUAAUGAUGACGUAGAUAAGAUCCUAACUUUUCAUUGAUUAUUUGAUGUUUAUAAGUAAUCUAUAGACUAUUGAGCUAUCCAUCAGUUAUCGGAUGAAUUUGAUUUAAUAAUUGAUUUUUGAAUGAAUCAUCAAUUCAUCAUGAGCAAUUUGGUGAGUGGGUUAAGUGUCAUUAAAAAAAAAAUAUAUAUGUUUUUAAAUUUUUUUUUUU